AUGUCUAGUCUCAGGAUAGGUGUGGUUUUAUCCGGGGCGCUUAUAGCAAUAUUCCUAUUAUUGCAACUAGUUUUAAGCAUCCAAGACCUAAAGCUUCCGCUAAAGACUGGCGGAAGGAAUUUUGCAGGGAACUUUAGCUCGGAUGAGGAUGUAUUCCUCUUGGGUGCGGGCAAAGCAGAUAUCACAGGGCCAACCGUUGAAGUGGUUUUUAAUGGCUUUGCAAACACAAAUCAAGUCGGAUCUGGUCUCCGACAAAGGAUCUACUCUCGUGCGUUUAUUGUCGCUAAUCCAAAUCGUCUAGAAAACACAUUUAUCUAUGUGGUUCUCGAUGCAUUGACAGGAGAUACUGGUAUUCGCCAUGGUGUGCUCAAGGGUCUCGAGAGGCUUGGUCCAGAUUAUGCACGAUACAAUGAGCGCAAUUUGGCAUUUACUGGAACGCACUCUCACUCAGGGCCAGGGGCGUGGAUGAACUAUUUGCUCCCUCAGAUUCCUUGUAGAGGGUUUGAUAAGCAAAGCUACCAGGCUAUUGUCGACGGUGCUUUAUUAUCUAUUCAAAGAGCACACGAAAGCUUGGCUCCAGGGCGCCUCACAUUUAACUCCAUUGAUCUAGAUGCCAACGUCAAUAGGAGCCCAUACGCUUAUGACGCCAAUCCCGAAGAAGAAAAAGAACGAUACUCGGACAAUGUGGACAAAACUAUGACGCUCCUGAGAUUUGAUCGCCAAUCAGAUGAUAAAACCAUGGCUAUCCUGACUUUCUUUCCUGUGCACGGCACGUCAAUGUAUAGCAACAACACCCUAGUUACAGGAGAUAAUAAGGGUGUCGCAGCAUGGCUUUUUGAGCGAAGCGCUCAGGACGACGAUAGAUUUGCCGAUGACUUUGUUUCAGGAUUUUCGCAAUCGAAUGUCGGCGACACCAGCCCGAAUAUCUUUGGUGCGUGGUGUGAGGACGGAUCAGGAGAACGGUGUCGGUACGAAGAUAGCACUUGCGGCGGAAAAAAUGAACUAUGCCAGGGCCGAGGACCAUUCUUCCGCGAACAGGAUGCGGGAGCCAAGAGCUGCUUUGAGAUCGGAAGGCGUCAGUAUGCCGCUGCUAGACAGGCAUACGAGCAGACUGAUGUUGAUGCUACCAAGAUCGUUAAGAGCUCCCAGGUCAACUAUUUUCAUAUCUACCAGGAUCUUUCAAACUAUACUUUCCAGUCACCCUUUAAUUCCAGCAUUUUGUCCACGUGCCCAGCAGCAAUGGGGUUUUCCUUCGCUGCUGGUACCACGGAUGGAUCAGGCCAGUUCGAUUUUACGCAAAACAACAGCUCUCCAGCUGAAUCCAACCCCCUGUGGCGCGUUGUGCGCAACUUUGUGCAUCGACCGUCGGACGAACAAAAGGCUUGUCAAGCCUCCAAGGAGGUUCUCUUUGAUAUUGGGUCAAUGGCUCAACCAUAUCCGUGGGGUCCGAAUAUUGUGGACAUUCAAGUUCUCCGGGUGGGUCAACUUAUGAUCAUUGUCUCGGCCAGUGAAGCCACCACCAUGUCUGGUAGACGCUGGAAAGAAAUUGUUGCGAAAUCUUCAAGGGACAUACUCUCUAUUGCGGAUCCCCUGGUGGUUCUCGGUGCUCCUUCGAACAGCUAUGCCCACUAUGUUACUACCGAGGAAGAAUAUGGCGUCCAACGCUAUGAAGGCGCUUCUACUCUUUACGGACCAAACACACUCGCGGCCUACAUUAACCUGACCCUUACGUAUCUUCCGUACUUAGGAGGUUCGUCCCAAGUUACCGGAUUGCCUGAGAUUCCUUCUGGGCCUAGCCCGCCGGUUAACACUAAUAAGUCCUUGAGUUUCAUUCCGUCAGUGAUGUUCGAUAAUGCGCCAUUUGGGAAAUCAUUUGGAGACGUUAUUUCAUCACCGUUAGAUAUUGUUUAUCGACCCGGUGACACAGUACGAACUUCCUUUGUUGGCGCUAACCCACGGAAUAACCUUCGACUCGAGUCAACAUUUGCAGCGGUUGAAAGGCGAAAUUCUGAAACAGGCUCCUGGGAAGUCGUGCGCACUGACAGCGACUGGAAUCUUCUUUUCCACUGGAAGAGAACAAAUACCAUUCUUGGCAUUAGCGAAGUGAGCAUCGAGUGGCAGAUUGAGAAUGACUACUACAAUCUUGGAAGUCCUAAGCCCUUGGAGAAUGGGACCUACCGUAUGCGCUACUACGGGGAUUCUAGAAGCGUACUGGGCAACAUCAAAACAUUCGAGGGAUUUGGAGAACCGUUUACUGUGGUAGUUAAUUAG